GGCGUGUCAUUCGUCACAACGACCACUGAACGUCGCUGUUUGCCAUUUUUAGUGCAGAAGUUAUUUAUCUGGCGCGUCAUUUGCCAUGACGACCACUGGAUGUCGCUGUUUUUGUCAUUUAAUUAUGACAACGCCGACGUUUGCGACUCUUUGUUUAGUUUCCAGCGACCUUUGACCUCUGGCCGGACUCCUCUCGACGUGGACUCGACUCCCGCGUGUUGGAAUGUGAGUAAAAUAUUCCAUUUUUCUCCAUUCGAACACUUUUUGUCUGUUCGAGUACGCCCCCGCCGUGGCCACUGCAUUAGGUACACCUGCCCCCAGGUCAGAACGACGUGGGCGAAAUGUCAAACAUUCGUUUUUGAAUGAAUCAACUUUUUUUUUAGCAAAUGUAUCAAUGAAUUGUGUUUAAUCGAUGUAUAUUUUUCCACGAUGAUUGUCUCCGUGCACCUGACGUGACGAAUCCAUGUUGACCUGGUCAGAAGUGGACCACGUGGUCGGGCGUGGGGGUGGGGGGGUAGGGGGCGUGGCUUGGAGGCAGACCUCGGGAGCGAGCGUGUCGGUUCUCUUUGGGCCGGCAGAGGAAGCGAGGAGGGCCGCCGAGUCCUGAUGGUGUUGACUGGAGGAAGAGGAAGAAAAAGAAGAAGAAGAAGAACUAGUCCACAGACGCUCCCGCGUGACGUCAUCGAAGAUGCACAGCACGCAGAAGGACACCACCUACACCAAGAUCUUCGUGGGGGGGCUGCCUUACCACACCACCGACUCCAGCCUCCGCAAGUACUUCGAGGUGUUCGGGGAGAUCGAGGAGGCGGUGGUCAUCACAGACCGCCAGACCGGGAAGUCCAGAGGAUACGGAUUUGUGACCAUGGCGGAGCGCUCGUGUGCCGACCGCGCCUGCAAGGACCCUAACCCCAUCAUCGACGGGCGCAAGGCCAACGUCAACUUGGCCUACUUGGGAGCCAAGCCCCGCCUCAUGCAGCCAGGUUUCACUUUCGGAGUCCCGCAGAUUCACCCUGCGUUCAUCCAAAGGCCUUAUGGCAUCCCGGCCCACUACGUGUACCCCCAGGCCUUCGUGCAGCCCAGCGUGGUCAUCCCCCACGUGCAGCCGGCCGCCGCCCCUCCCGCCGCCACCUCGCCUUACAUCGACUACACGGGAGCGGCCUACGCGCAGUACUCCGCCGCCGCUGUCAGCGCGGCUGCGGCGGCGGCCGCGUACGAGCAGUAUCCGUACGCGGCCUCCCCCGCCGCCGCCGGCUACGUGGCCACCGCCGGCUACGGCUACGCACUCCAGCAGCCACUGGCCGCCGCCGCCGCCCCGGGCGCAGCCGCCUUCGGCCAGUUCCAGCCGCAGCAACUUCAAGCCGACCGCAUGCAAUAGCGGGAUGCUGAUUGGUCGGCUGAGAACCAGGAAGUAGACGACCAAAAAACAAGCAAAAAGUGCUUUUCUCAUCAUUGAUAAUCAGGGAAAUGUUUGACGUCUGUCAGGAGCCUUCCAUCGGUGCUGACCCCGUUGACUCCGCCCCUUGACCCCAGCCUCCUUUGUCCUCCUGACCGACGCAAAGCAAGCAAAUAAACAAAAGAAGACCACAAAGAGGAUGUUGUGAUGAGAAGGAGGGGUAGGGGGUGGGGCUAGUCGGGGUGUGGGUCGGACCGUGCCCCCGCCCCCUCGCCUCGAAACCUCACCUCCCUCCAACGCCACACAGACGGAUCACUCUGGAAGGUCGUUUGUUGACUUGUCACAUUUUAAUCCCAAAUUUACAGCCCGACAUGGUGGCCCCCAACACCCCCCCACCCUCCCAUACCCUUUUGCCCCCCUUGCCCCCCCACCCCCACCCCCCCACCCCCCACCCCCACCUCCCCGGCCCGUGUCAGCACUUCCGCCUCUUUGCAAAUCUGCCCAGCAACCGCCUGCCUCAGUGCUCAACUCUCCGCUUCCACCGCUUCUGACAUCUACUCUUUAAAAAAGUAUUUAUUUUCUUGGAGGUAGUACUGCAUCAACAAUAGUACUGUGUACUCAUCUCAAGGCAUAUAUAUUUAUAUAUAUAUUUACACUAUAUAAGUUAUUCAUUAGUUUUAGCCAUCGUUGUUAUGAUUUAUUAACAUACUCAACCAAAAAAAGUAGCUGUUUACUUUUGACUUACAAAUCUUCAGCUGGUGUUUUUUCAACUAUAUGUCAACUAUAUUUCAACUAUAUUCCAACCAUGCCAAUUGUACUUCCAAGUGGAAAGAAAACAGGCUAAUAUCCAUUUUGACAAAAGAAAGCGUUUUUCAACUAUAUUUCAACCAUAUUUCAAUCAUACCAAUUGUACUUCUACCGGAAAGAAAACAGGCUAACCAUGUCAAUUGUACUUCCAAGUGGAAGGAAAACAGGCUGAUAUCCAUUUUGAUAAAAUAAAGUGUUUUUUCAACUAUAUAUCAACUAUAUUUCAACCACAUUUCAAUCAUAUUUCAACCAUGCUUCAACCAUAUUUCAACUAUAUUUCAACCAUAUUUCAACCAUGCCAAUUGUACCUCCACCUGGAAAGAAAACAGGCUAACCAUGCCAAUUGUACUUCCAAGUAGAAGGAAAACAGGCUGAUAUCCAUUUUGACAAAAGAAAGCAUUUUUUCAACUAUAUUUCAACCAUAUUUCAACCAUGUCAGUUGUACUUCCAAGUGGAAGGAAAACAGGCUAAUAUCCAUUUUGACAAACAAAAGAGUUUUUUCAACUAUAUAUCAACCAUAUUUCAACCACAUUUCAAUCAUAUUUCAACCAUGUUUCAACCAUAUUUCAACCAUGCCAAUUGUACUUCCAAGUGGAAAGAAAACAGGCUAAUAUCGACUUUAACAAAAGAAAGCGUUAUUCAACUAUACUUCAACCAUAUUUCAACCAUAUUUCAAUCAUAUUUCGACCAUGUUUGAACCAUAUUUCAACUAUAUUUCAACCAUAUUUCAACCAUGUCAAUUGUACUUCCAAGUGGAAGGAAAACAGGCUAAUAUCCAUUUUGACAAAAGAAAGCGUUUUUUCAACUAUAUAUCAACCAUAUUUCAACCACAUUUCAAUCAUAUUUCAACCAUGCUUCAACCAAAUUUGAACUAUAUUUCAACCAUGCCAAUUGUACUUCCAAAUGGAAGGAAAACAGGCUAAUAUCCAUUUUGACAAAAGAAAGCGUUUUUUCAACUAUAUAUCAACCAUAUUUCAACCACAUUUCAAUCAUAUUUCACCCAUGCUUCAACCAUAUUUGAACUAUAUUUCAACCAUGCCAAUUGUACUUCCAAAUGGAAGGAAAACAGGCUAAUAUCCAUUUUGACAAAAGAAAGCGUUUUUUUCAACUAUAUUUCAACCAUAUUUCAACCAUGUCAAUUGUACUUUCAUGUGGGAGGAAAACAGGCUGAUAUCCAUUUUGACAAAAUAAAAUGUUUUUUCAACUAUAUUUCAACCCUAUUUCAACCCCAUUUCUACCAUAUUUCAACUAUAUUUCAACCAUAUUUCAACCAUGACAAUUUUACUUCCAUGUGGAAGGAAAACAGGCUAAUAUCCAUUGUGACAAAAUAAAACAUUUUUUUCCAACUAUAUUUCAACCAUAUUUCAUGCAUUGUUCAACCAAAUUUCAACUAUGCUGAUUGUACUUCCACCUGGAAGGAAAACAGGCUAAUAUUAAUUUUGAUGAAAAAAAAUGUUUUUUCCAACUAUACUUUAACCGUAUUUCAACUAUAUUUCCACCAUGCCGAUGGUGCGUCCACUUGGAAGGUAAACAGGCUCAUAUUCAUUUUGAUAAAAGACAGCAUUUUUUCCCCCCAACUCUAUUUCCACCAUAUUUCAACUAUAUUUCAACCAUGCAGAUGGUACUUUCCAUCUGGAAGGAAAACAGGAUAACAUUCAUUUUGACAAAAUAAAAAAGUUUUUUCCAACUAUAUAUCAACCAUAUUUCAAGCAUAGUUCAACCACAUUUCAACCAUGCUGAUGGUACUUCCGCCUGGAAGGAAAAAGACUAAUAUUCAUUUUGAAAAAGGAAAAGCUUUUUUUCCAAGCAUAUUCCAAGCACGCCGAUGGUGCUUCCAUCCAUCCGCUGAUAACAUGUUGACAUAAAUGCUGCUUUCUCCUCUGGAAUGUACGGCGUCGUGAACAUUCUUGUGUUUCUGCUCGAUGAACACGGCCUGGUGUUUUUAUAUACUUGAACUAUUUCUUACAAGGGAAAGGAGAGAAAUCAAUGGUCGGUGGAUGAAAAGUGCACAAAAACAAACUGAUGUACGCAAUAUUGCAAUAAAGUCUCCUCUAUU